AGUUACAGAUUACAGCAAACAUAAUCUGAGUCCGAGAACUGGGAUGCUCUCCGGUCAGACAGCCAGUCACUGCGCUUCCCACAAACCAUUGCCUAUAGACGCUCCAGCCUUCUGUUCGUCUCUAUGGUGUGUGGCUGGCGGACUCGGUGAAGGUCGGAGGAGGGUUGCCAACCAACAUGGCGGACAAAACAGAUGAAGCGUCCAAAGAGAAGUCAUUCAAGUUGUUUUGGAUCCUUGAUGUGCAAAAGACACCAUGUGCACGUGAGUCGUUAUUGUAUGGUUCAGUUGGAUCGUUGGUGGCUGGAGUCGGAAAUUUUCUUGCAACAAGCAGGGUGAGGCGCUCCUGUGAUCUGGCUGUUGGAGGAUUUGUUCUUACCACUCUUGGUGUCUGGGUGUACUGUAGAUACAACCAUGCAAAAUUAAGGAUACAGCAAAGAAUGGUACAAGAUGGCAUUAAAAAGCAGGUCAUGUAUGAAGGUAGCACUAUGGAUCCAAGUCUCAAGAACAGACAAAGUGAUUCAGACAAGCCAUGAACUGCCAAGAAAAUGUAUAGACGUUUAAUAAAUAUCAUGCUGCCCCCAAGCCAGCUGUUGUGGACUUGCAAAACAAAUUCUGUUUGUAUUACAAGAUUAUUUGAUGUGUGUAAUAUAUACUGUAUGUUCUUUUAAAAGUUUCAUAAGAAAGGCCAA